CGGUAAAAAGUUGGAUUCGAUCUCCUUAUCCACACUUUCCUUUCAUCAUCUCCAGCAAAGCCACGCUUUCGCAGUUGAGCUCGCUCGCUCGCUCUCAUUGAAGCUCAGCUCAGCUCAAUGACAAUGGCUGCUGCUUCUUCUUCUUCAUCUAUAAUCCCAACCCUGUCCUCCUCACCCUCCACCUUAUCCCUGCUUCAUUCUCCCUCUCCUUCAUUCGUCGUCUUCAAGGCCGUCCCCGGCGCCUCAAGGCCACUGCUGCGCCACAAAAAAUGGAACAAGCAUUCCGAGGUGGUCGUCAAGGCCGAAACAUUGGAGUUCUCCGGAUCGUUAUUUGAAGGCGGGAUUGGAGAAGACGACGAGCCGCCAUCGAUUCCCGGCUGGGGUAUUUCCAAUAUUGAAGAUAAAGAGGAGCCCCAGUGUCCUCCGGGGCUGAGGCAGUAUGAAACCAUGGCGGUUCUGCGCCCUGACCUGUCGGAAGAUGAGCGCCUAACUCUCGUCUCCAAAUAUGAAGAGUUGCUUGUUGCUGGUGGCGGGAUGUAUGUGGAGGUGUUUAACCGAGGGGUUAUUCCUCUCGCUUACAACAUCAAGAAGAAAAACAAAGCCGGAGAGACCAACACCUACAUGGAUGGGAUUUAUCUCCUAUUCACCUAUUUUACCAAGCCGGAGUCCAUAGCAGCCCUUGAAGCCACAAUGAAUACCGACGAUGAUGUCAUCCGUUCAUCCAGUUUCAAGUUGAGGAAAAGGAAGUUUUGAUUUGCUUGCUUGCUUACAUCAUCCAGGAAGCUGUUCUUUUAAGAUUUAGCCAUGUUUUUGAGGUAAUUUGGAAAUAAGGACAAAAAAAAUGCAGGUAUAUUUGUUUCUACUGACAAUCUGACAUGUACAAUGCAAUUUCAUGUUAUGAAGCUGUGCAUAGGAUUUUAGUAUGAGAAUCUGAUUAAUCCCCAGAUUCUGCACUAAUCCUUAAACAAUUAUUCUUCAACUCAAAUUUGAUCAUGAAAAAUUUUUCCACUGUCA